GGUAUAGUAAUUUGUGUUUGUCAUAUAAAUCAAAACCAAAACAGUUUUACUGCAAAAUCGUUUAUUUUACGAAAUAUUUAUCAAUAAAAUCUUUUUUACCGUUUAAUCACACCUUCCAGAAUUGAUCGAUCCUGCAUUUAUUAAAAUUAUAUUUAGAUUAGCAAGUAAUAAACAAAAAAGUUGACGUUCUCGAGUUUAAGUACACGUAGGUGAUAAGAAAAAGUACACUUCUAAUGGUUUUUUGAGGGAACCAUAAGAAAAUGAGACAUAAAUUAGUUUUUCUAUUAAUUUUGACGCUCGUAUGUUGCGAAUUUUCGGAGGAAGAGGUUCAGGGGCCGCCCGAAUCCAAAAAAAAAGACUCUGGAAGCCAGGAUACCUCAGAACCCAAAAAUGAAAGUGAACCACCUGAAGUUCUUAGUUUUAGUGAGGAAGACGCCCUUACUAUUGAAACCAGAGAUGGACAAGACCGCUUGGUACCUGUAAAAGAGAAUGUUGAUAACGAAAAAUCACCCCAAAAAAUGUCUGAAAGUGAUUGGUUGAGAGUUUUAGAGCAAAUGGGCUUUACAGACGUAAAGCUGGUCAUUCUGGAUGACAACAAUGAAUUGAAAGAGAUGAAAAAACAUCUUGUUGAAAUGACAGAAGCAGCAACUGAAGAAGAACUUGAAGAGGAGCCUCCUUUGCCUGAAAGUGCCUUGAUUGAGAAAGAAUUAUCCCCAGAAGAGGAAGAAGCAAAGAAAUUAUAUGAAUCUGCUGCUGUAAUGUUAAACAAAACUAGACCUGACAAGCCAAAGGCCUAUCAAAUGCUUAUUGAAGCUUCUGAAAAGGGCAACCUUGAAGCUAAAGCUUUGGUUGCAUGGGCAAAACUCUUUGGGACUACUUUGAAACAGGAUAUUGAGGCUGCUAAGAAAAUGUUUCAAGAACUGGCUGAUAAAGGGAAUGCCGAUGGCCAUAUGGGAAUGGGCUUUCUAUAUGCCUCAGGAAUCACAGUAAAUGUCAGUCAACCAAAAGCGUUGGUUCACUACUUAUUUGGUGCUUUAGGGGGUAAUACCUGGGCCCAAAUGGCCAUGGGAUACCGAUACUUGUCACGGGUCAGUCUCAGCCCCAGCUGUGAUAAAUCUCUAAAUUAUUAUAGACAGGUUGCAGAUAAAGUGAGCCAAGGUGUAUCAUUUGGAGGUGGAGCAGCUAUACAAAGAAUUCGACUUUUAGAUGAGUUGGAAAAUGGUUACACCUCUGGCAUAUUAGACAAUGAUUUGUUUGAAUAUUAUCAGCUUUUAGCUGAAAAGGGAGAUGUUCAAGCACAGGUUGGAUUGGGUCAACUACACUACCAGGGCGGUAGAGGAGUUGAUUUGGAUUAUCAAAAAGCAUUGCAGUAUUUUACUCAGGCAGCCAAUGCAGGAAAUGCCAUGGCUAUGGCAUAUUUAGGGAAGAUAUAUUUAGAUGGUAGUGAUGAAAUAGAAGCAAACAACGACACCGCUUUCAAACAUUUCAAAAAAGCAUCUGAACUGAAUAAUCCAGUGGGCCAGAGUGGUCUAGGUUUAAUGUACCUUUAUGGUAGGGGUGUGGAAAAAGAUUACAAUAAAGCUUACCAGUACUUUUUGGCUGCUGCUGAUCAAGGAUGGGUUGAUGGGCAACUGCAACUCGGAAAUAUGUACUUUAGUGGACUGGGGGUGAAAAAAGAUUACAAAUUGGCAAAUAAAUAUUUUAAUCUAGCAUCUCAGUCGGGCCAUGUAUUGGCCUAUUAUAAUUUGGGUCAGAUGCAUGCCAAAGGGACAGGAAUGCUCAGAUCAUGUAUGACUGCAGUAGAACUCUUUAAAAAUGUGGCUGAGAGAGGUCGAUGGGGCGAACUGCUGAUGCAGGCUCACGCAGACUACAGGGAAGGCCUUUUCAACCAGGCUUUUAUCCAAUACGCUCUUUUAGCAGAACUGGGAUAUGAAGUAGCUCAAAGCAAUGCGGCGUUCAUGCUGGACCGUGGCGAAGUUCCUAUGUGGGACACAAAGGAGGCUUUAGUUAGAGCUUUAUUAUAUUGGACGAGAGCUGCUUCUCAGGGAUAUUCUAUGGCACGGGUGAAAGUAGGAGAUUACUAUUAUUACGGUCUGGGCACGUCUGUCGACUAUGAAAAUGCCGCCUCUCAGUACAGGUUGGCGGCCGAACAACAGCAUAAUGCCCAAGCGAUGUUUAAUUUGGGUUAUAUGCAUGAACAAGGGUUGGGCUUGAGUAAGGAUAUUCACUUAGCUAAAAGGUGUUACGAUUUAGCUGCAGAAACCAGUGUAGACGCAAAAGUACCAGUUGCUUUAGCUCUAUUCAAACUCAACUUUAUGUUCGGCAUGGAUUCUUUUGGAGUGAAUCCAUUUAAUCGAUUAACAGCCUUUACGGAAACCCUCGGAACAGAUUGGGAUUUAUACCUUAUCUGCAACGCAUUGAGCUUUUUGGUCAUGAUAAUUUAUUUCAGAAGACGAGAUAAUCAAAGGAUGUUCCAAUGACCCAUAAUAUUUCCUUUUGUAUUGGGGUAAGUCUGAAAGUGUAUCUCUUUUUUUGUUAUGUAGAUAAUUUGUUAAGAACUGCGCUAUUAAUUCUGUAUAUUUCUUUUUUUUUUGUAUAAUUACACAGAACGGUUGUAGGAAAUUCUAGUUAAAAUCAAACUUGUAUUCAAGUAAUUUGAUAGGUGACAUUAAACACUGACUGUCUUAGAUUUAGGUAAAACUAAAAAGAACUGAUUUACCGAUUCUAGCGGUUAGAAAAAGUUAUUGAUGUACUAGAUGUAUUGAAAUCUUUACCACCUUAAUAUAUGUUAUUAUAACCAGUGAUUUAUGCAAUAAACAUUUACGUAAUAUUAGCAUUCUGUCAUAGAAACCUGCAAAAUGCUUACUUUUGAUAUUGUUAAACUAAAACCAUUGUACCCCCCAAUUAAAGAAGAUAAAGAGUGGACUGGUCUUCAUUUAGAAAAAAAUGAUGCAUUAUAUCGACAAAAAACCACAUAAGGAAAAGACGAACAUUUCAGAAGACUUCUACAUCUUUUUGUAACUGUUGUAAUAAUAGUGUUAAUAUUAAAUUCAUCAAUUAUUGCUUUUUACGAUAAACUGGAUUUUUAUAAUCCAUGAAGACAACCAUAUAUAUAUUAAGGCAAAGUAGGGAUUUGCAGAUUUCUAUGGAUGUUAUGUAUAUGUUUUUUUAAAUUAAAUUAAGGAAAAACUGUAAUUAAUUAUUCUUUCUUUUUCUCAUUGUAGAUAUUUGUACUCUUAUAUUUUGUUUUUGUUUUAAAGGUAUAAACUAUCUUGUGGCUGUUAUUUAAAAUAUAUGAAAAAAAUCUAAAAUAAA